AUUCAUGGGAAGAAGAAGAAGAGUUCGGCUAACUAGCUACUGACUGACCCUUGGGAUGAAAAACGUUGUUGAAGUAUGAGGGUUUUGUCCUGAAACAGAGAUGCUCACAGUCAUAUUUAGAAGGAGCACCUUUGCAGCCCAGAAGGUGUUGCACUGGCCAGGUCCUUCACAAAGAUGCUGGACAUCAGCUCUCACUGGAGCUUCUGAUGGUGGAUCUGGCUCACUUCAGACCUGCUGGGCCUCAUCAGCAAGGCGGCCAUCUACAGAAAGGGAAACCGGAGUUUUAAAACCUCCUGCUGGCCUUGGUUUCAUGAGGACUGAGCCCUUCCUGAAGACUCAAACCCAUGUUACUCCAUUUUUAGUGAGGAACCAACAUUUCCAUUCUUCUGCUGUGAGGUUGAAGAAACGACCGAAGCCUGAACCUCCUCCCAGAGAGCUGGAUCUGCUGCGCUAUGACAUGAAGGACUUGUGGAAGAGUCCCAAACCAGCCUUGUACCUGGGGUUUGCAGGUCUGAUCCCCUUUGUGUCUCCUACUGUGCUCAUGGCUGUGACUGAGAGCUACUUCCCAGAACUCGCCUAUGCACAGUUAGCCUACAGUGCUGCCAUCGUUUCUUUCCUGGGCGGAGCACGCUGGGGAUUCGCUCUUCCUGAGAGCAGCCCAGCCAAACCGGACUGGAUAAACCUGGCCAACAGUGUGGUUCCCUCCCUGUUAGCCUGGAUUGCCAUGCUGAUGAGCGACAGCAUAAUUCCUGCAGCCACCACAAUCAUUAUGGGACUUGGAAUCUCGCUACAUUAUGAUCUCUCUCUGCUGCCCACUUACCCCAGCUGGUUCAAAGCCCUGCGCUCCAUCCUGACCACUGUGGCAUUUUUUUCUCUAGUUGGUACGCUCAUAAUUAAUGGAGUGUAUCCAGAAAAGAAAAUUUUCUCAGAUUAAAUAGUAUAAAAAUAUUUAAAACUGUGAAGAUGGAUGAGAGAUUCACGUUACAGCAUGCUUUUAUUUUUUGAUCCAUCUUUAAGAUUUUUCCUCAUAUUUUCUUCCCCCGUUAACUGUCUAAAUCAACAUCCUGUCAGGUGGAAUCCAUUUGGUAGAAGUUGUAUGUUUAUUGUGACACUUGUAAAAUCAAAAUCUUUGUGAAAGAUGUACAUCCAUCUUUCACAAAUAGGGUGCAAUGACUGCUUGAUAUUCCCUUCUCCAUGAGGGCAGAAGCGUGUUUCUUCUUUUUCACAUCAAGACAUUAUAUAAAAGCUGCUAUUUGUAGAAAAUGUCAUUGUGAGUACAGUCUUUCACAUUGUUCAGAGGAAUUAACUUAUUUUUCAGUUAUUUUAAAUACUACCACUAGAAGUCACCAAAGUCAAAGAUUUUUAAAUCCUAAAGGAAAAUAAAAAUUGGGCUGAAAAUGCUCAUUUAACAAGUCCA